UUUUGUCUGGUUUGGAAAUCUCUGAAUUGGAAACAAAUGAUUUCAUAGAGCUACCAGAUGUUUUGACUCAAAGUACCAUGCCAGUUUCUACAUUGAAUAUUCCCCAGCAAAAGGACAUUGAUCAGUGGCCUCAUCUUAAACCUGUUAAGCUUCAUAGCAUCAAUGCAGAUGUGGAACUACUGAUAGGAACUGAUGCUUCAAAUGUUUUAGAGCCCUGGGAGGUGAUCAACAGUGUAGAUGGUGGGCCUUAUGCUGUAAAAACUAAAGUUGGCUGGGUCAUAAAUGGUCCCCUGCACACUAGAAGCCACAGCAAAAAUAGAAAUGUUUGCACUGCUGUGACAGCCAACAGGAUCUCUGUUGAGCAUCUUGAAGAAAUGCUGAUCAAACAGUACAAUCAUGAUUUUAACGAAAGAUCAUCAGAGGAGAAAACUGAAAUGUCUAGAGAGGAUUUGCAUUUCAUGAACAUUGUCAAUAACUCUACAAAACUUAUUAAAGGUCAUUAUAAUAUUGACUUACCUUUCAGGAGUGAAAGCCCCUGCUUUCCAAAUAACAUCUGUGUUGCAGAGCAGCGCCUCCAGAGCCUCAGAAGGAGAUUUGAAAAGGAUGCUGAGUACAAGGAGGAAUACACUGCAUGUGUAAACAACAUGCUGCAGCAAGGACAUGCUGAGGCUGUACCAGCAGAGGACCUACAGAAAGAAGAAGAUGCAAUUCACAUGGUGAAGAGGCUGACGGACCUCUGCUCUAAGGGAGGAUUUGUGCUCUCAAAAUGGGUAAGCAACAGUCGCACAGUGCUCAUGUCCAUUCCAGAGGAAAGGAGAGCAAAAGAAAUUAAGAAUCUGGAUUUGGACACAGAUGAACUUCCGGUCGAGAGAGUACUGGGUUUACAGUGGAGCAUCGAAACAGAUGAGUUCAAGUUCAGAACCUCUGUGCAGGACCGCCCACAGACCAGAAGGGGCAUUUUGAAGUGGCUCGACUGGCUGGAGGACCUCCAGCUGAUCUCCAGUUUUAAGGUGGAUCGUUGCAUCAAACCAAGCUGCAUCAGGAAACCAGACAAAGGACAACUUCAUCAUUUCUCUGACGAAAAGUGUAACAGAGGAAAGUUUAUUGAACAAAAGAUGGCAGAUCUGCCAGAAGAAAGAGUCCUGCCAGCCACCGCUCCUUUUACAAAUGUUGGAGUGGAUUACUUUGGUCCUGUAAGUGUUAAAAGAGGACGAAGCCUCCUGAAAAGACUCUACAGCUCCAAGAGGAACAUGGAUGAUGGCCAAGGUCUUGAGCGUAAACCAGGAUGCAAAAGGCUUGACAAACUGAGUGUUUCUGCUGACUGCUCACUGGUUAUAAAGAAUGUCACUAUUAAGGAUGUUGGUCAGUACGACUGCAGACAGUUAACAUCAGGACAAGGAGAGAACUCUACUGUUUUUCUGUCUGUUAUUUACACUGCAAAGGUACUGACUACUAAAACCACCACAAACACUACAACAAGCCAGACCACUGCUGCAGCUGCUGCUGUUUCCACAUUCAUUCAUGUUUUGCAAACAAAAAGAAACCAAAUUUCCAACCACUAA